AUGGCACCACCAAAUACGCAAAAACGCACGAAAGGCGUAUCGAUAUUCAGACCCUUUGUAUACGGCACCACAUCCCAUAAGUUCAGCGAGAAAUAUCCCAAGCCAGAAGGGACGCCGGAAGAUCACACACAUCAGUGGACUGUGUUUGUGAAGGGGGUCGAUGAUACAGAUAUUACUUAUUGGUGUCGAAAAGUGCAGUUUAAAUUGCAUGAUAGUUUUCCGCAGCAUAUGAGAUUUAUUGAGAAUGUCAAGCCCGGUGACUCUUUUCAGUUAACAGAGACAGGCUGGGGUGGCUUCGAUAUCCAAAUCAAAAUAUACUAUGAUCCUAUUGCCAACGAGAAAGCCCAAACUAUAUGGCAUCAUCUUCAAUUACAACCAUAUGGCGAUGAACAAACGAUGGAGAAACAAAUACGUGAGAAUGAGGUUCAUGCAUGGGUUUAUGACGAGAUGGUUUUCAAUGAACCUUAUGAACAAUUUUACGAUGUACUUACGAAUCCCAUACCAAGGGAAAAAUCGAAUGGAGGAAAGGGAAAGGCGACGAGGACGAUGAGGGGAGGUAUGGUGGGUAGUGUGGGGGAGAGAACGGCAUUGAUUCCGCUUACGAGUCGGCCUGGACAACCGUUUAGUAGGGAUACGGAGAGGAUGGAGAUUAAGAGGUUGACGGAGGGGAAAAAGAAGGUGGAUAGUUUGAAUGAAGGAUUGAGGAGGGAGUUGAGGGAGAAAGAGGAUCAGCUAAGGAAAUUGAGGGCAGAGAUGGAGAAACUUUGA